GCAUUCUUGCGGAGAAAGCCUAAGCGAAAACCCCAAAGCGAUGGCUCUCUCCGAACGCCGCCAGCCCCUUGUGCCUUCCUUCCUCUAUUCCCCCUCCACGCAAACCCCAGGCCUCGACCGUCUCCUCCUUGGACGGAAUCCUAUCUCCGCCCCUUCUACUCAGCUGAAUGGAUCGCCUGCACCUUCUGUGUUUGCUGGGGCUCCCAGCGAGCCGCCCUUUGGGAAGAUCGAGCUGUAUUCGCCCAAGUUCUACACGGCCUGCACCUUCGGAGGGAUCCUCAGCUGUGGGCUUACUCAUAUGGCUGUCACACCGCUUGAUCUUGUCAAAUGCAACAUGCAGAUUGAUCCAGCAAAAUAUAAGAGCAUCUCUUCAGGAUUUGGAGUCCUGCUAAAAGAGCAGGGAGUAAGAGGUUUCUUCAGGGGUUGGGUGCCGACCUUGCUUGGUUAUAGUGCUCAGGGUGCAUGCAAGUUUGGAUUCUAUGAGUUCUUUAAGAAGUACUAUUCAGACAUUGCUGGGCCUGAGUAUGCUGCAAAAUACAAAACACUAAUCUAUCUUGCUGGAUCUGCUUCUGCUGAAGUGAUUGCUGAUGUGGCCCUUUGCCCAUUUGAGGCAGUGAAGGUUCGUGUCCAAACACAACCGGGUUUUGCUAGGGGUUUGGGCGAUGGCUUACCUAAGUUUGUCAAAUCUGAAGGUGCUCUCGGAUUGUACAAAGGGAUUGUCCCUCUCUGGGGCCGUCAGAUUCCUUAUACAAUGAUGAAAUUUGCAUCAUUUGAGACAAUUGUCGAAAUGCUGUACAAAUAUGCCAUUCCCACACCAAAGGACCAGUGUAGCAAAUCUCUGCAACUUGGAAUCAGUUUUGCUGGUGGUUAUGUCGCUGGAGUCUUCUGUGCUAUUGUCUCCCAUCCAGCUGACAACCUUGUCUCUUUCCUCAACAAUGCCAAGGGAGCUACUGUUGGUGAUGCUGUGAAGAAGCUUGGACUGUGGGGUCUUUUUACUCGUGGUCUCCCACUUCGAAUUGUCAUGAUUGGUACUCUAACUGGAGCUCAGUGGGGAAUUUACGAUGCAUUCAAAGUCUUUGUUGGACUGCCAACAACUGGUGGAGUCACUCCAGCCCCUGCAGUUGCUGCUCCAGCAGAACUUGCUAAAGUUUAACUAAAGUUGGCUUCUCAGUUGGAUGACUUCUUAUAGAAUCCAAUAAUCGCAUUUUUUUGCACCGCCUUGUGUGGGGUGUACAACAUAUAUUUUUCUUUUUUUCUUUUUUUUUUUUACUGAAAGAGUGUUUCCUAUUAGAUUUCCAGAGAGGUGGUUUUGACCUCAGCACACCUCGGCCGCGAGAAACCCUUAUUUGAUGCCAGUAAUUAUGGCGUUUCUUUUUUGGAAUGUUAGCCACAAAACUGAAUAGGGAAUAAUUGUUGUACUCAUUCAGACCAUGGCAUUUCGGCAGAAUUUUAGCAUUUGCAGAAAUUUGUAGUUCUAUUGCUUCAACUGUACUCAUACUAUGCUAUCCGAGGAUCUUUAUAUUCUACAUUUGUUUUUUUCCCCUUA